AUGGCUCCAACCACUCAUCAACCAAGCAGAGGCCAAGCUUCGAAGACAACAACGCCCCUCAGACAGAUUAGGGCCUAUUUCGACGAUGAGACUAUCACGGUCUACCAAGCGUACAACGCCGCCAUCGCAGAGGCAGCUGUUACUGCUCAGAAACUCGACGCGUCCCCAGAAUUCAAACUUACCCGCAUGACCUGGAUCAAACCAAGCUGGGCAUGGAUGCUGUACCGCGCAGGUUAUUCAUACAAAGAUCGCGGCCAGGAGCGCAUCUUGGCGAUCAAAAUGACCCACGCCGAUUUCGUCGAUCUUCUUCGUCAAAGCGUUUUAACCCACGGCAGCGGUUUGGAUAAGGGCGACGGGCGGGUGCGCGUCCAAUGGGACCCAGAACGUGAUGUGCGGUUGGAGAAGCUUUCGCAUCGAAGCAUUCAGAUUGGGAUUCCUGCUGGCAUCUGCGGCGCUUGGGUUGCUGAAGGAAUAGUUGGUAUUGAAGACGUGACGGCCAGAGUGCGGGAGCUGAAAAGAGUCUUGGACGAGCGGCCUGAUGUCGGUGAUGAUGAGCUGGUGGCGUUAGGCCUGGUUCCCACUGAGAAGGAAUUCCCAGUUCCCGAAGACGUUGGAGAUAUCUUGGGAAUAGAUUCCUUCCUUGAAAAUAAGUAG